AUGACCGCGUUAAAGAUUGUCGUAUCUGGAGCUGCUGGACAAAUCGCUUACUCGCUCCUGCCUCUAAUCUGUAUCGGCCAUGUAUUUGGCCCAAAACAGCGCAUCGAUCUACGUCUAUUGGAUAUUCCACCAGCUCAAGAGGCACUUGAAGGCGUUAAAAUGGAGCUACAAGACUGUGGAUUUCACCUCAUUGACGUCAUUACGCCCACAUCGAACCUCCAAACGGCAUUUCAAGACGUGGACGUGGCGAUUCUCGUUGGUGGAUUUCCACGUCAACAAGGCAUGCAACGGAAAGAUUUAAUUGCCAAGAAUGUGACUAUCUUUCAAGCACAAGGACAGGCCCUUGAACAAUAUGCAAGUCGCAAUGUUCAAGUGCUGGUGGUGGCUAAUCCUGCCAAUACAAAUUGUCUCAUUGCGAUGGAGAAUGCACCAAGUCUUUCACGUCAGAACUUUACAGCUCUCACACGUCUUGAUCAUGAACGUUUACGUUCGUUUCUUGUUGAAAAGGUGAAUGAAAGUCUAGAGGGUGAGAAGAUUACGUCGAAACACGUGAAUAAAGUGGUUAUAUGGGGCAAUCAUUCAAGUACACAAGUACCGGACGUCACGUACGCUGAGGUGACGCUUCCUGGUGAGGACAAGAGCAUAUUAGCUGAUCAGAUUGUAUCGGAUAAGGACUGGAUCGAAAAAAAGCUUGUAAAGGACGUGCAGGAACGUGGUGCAGCUAUUAUUAAGGCUCGUAAACUCUCGAGUGCCAUGUCGGCUGCUGCAGCUAUUGGUGCACACUUGCGAGACUGGCGUAAUGGCUCGCAAGAGGGCGAAUUCGUCUCGAUGGCUGUCUGUUCGGACGGUAACAAGUACGGUGUGCCUGAGGGGCUCAUUUACUCGUUCCCGGUCAAGUGUACGGGCAACGGCACGUACGAAGUCGUUAAUGGACUUCCAAUCUCGUCUCGUAUCAAUGCGAUGAUGAAAGCGACGGCCACGGAGCUGGCAGAGGAGAAAGCGGACGCGGCGGAGAUUCUGUCUCGUCAGUAA